GCUCGCCGCUGCUGCCCCGUGGCUGCCGUGACAACAAGGGGAGCCGGCCCGACCGGCGCAGUGAUUCGGGCGCCUGCGUGGGAGGGGGGCGGCGCGCCCCGCCGUGACGGUAGCAGGCCGGAGCGGAGGAGGCGGGGAUGUGGCCUGCCCCCUAGCCGGCAGGGCCAGCCCUGGGCCAGGGCAGGGAUGAGCCAUGGCUUCGGUGAAGGUGGCUGUCCGAGUCCGGCCCAUGGACCGCCGGGAAAAGGACCUGGAUGCUAAAUUUAUUAUUUCAAUGGAAAAAAAUAAAACAACAAUCACAAAUAUAAAGAUACCAGAAGGAGGAACUGGAGACAUAGGAAGAGAACGGACAAAAACAUUUACCUACGACUUCGCCUAUUUCUCAGCAGAUAGUAAAAGUCCUGUCUAUGUGUCUCAAGAAGUGGUUUUCAAAAAUCUUGGCACAGAUGUCCUUGCAUCUGCUUUUGAAGGCUAUAAUGCUUGUAUUUUUGCGUAUGGACAGACUGGAUCUGGGAAGUCCUACACUAUGAUGGGAAAUGCUGGUGAUGCUGGUUUAAUACCUAGAAUUUGUGAAGGAUUAUUCAGCAGAAUAAAUGAGAAAACAAGAUGGAAUGAAGCAUCCUUUCGAACAGAAGUCAGUUAUCUGGAAAUAUAUAAUGAACGUGUGAGAGAUCUGCUUAGGCGGAAAUCAUCAAAAACUUAUAAUUUAAGAAUACGAGAGCAUCCGAAAGAAGGGCCUUACGUUGAGGAUUUGUCCAAACAUUUAGUACAAAAUUACAGCGAUGUAGAGGAACUUAUGGAAGCAGGGAACAUAAAUCGAACCACUGCUGCAACUGGAAUGAAUGACGUUAGCAGCAGGUCUCAUGCCAUUUUCACAAUCAACUUCACUCAGGCUAAAUUUGAUGCUGAAAUGCCUUGUGAGACUGUUAGCAAGAUCCAUUUGGUAGAUCUUGCUGGAAGUGAGAGAGCAGAUGCCACUGGUGCUACAGGGGUUAGAUUAAAGGAAGGAGGGAAUAUUAACAAAUCUCUAGUUACUCUGGGAAAUGUCAUUUCUGCCUUAGCUGAUUUAUCUCAGGAUGCAACAAAUCCUCUUGCAAAGAAGAAGCAAGUAUUUGUGCCUUACAGGGACUCUGUGUUGACUUGGCUUUUGAAAGAUAGCCUAGGAGGAAACUCUAAAACGAUAAUGAUUGCCACUAUUUCACCUGCUGAUGUCAAUUAUGGAGAAACCUUAAGUACGCUUCGCUAUGCAAAUAGAGCCAAAAACAUCAUCAACAAGCCUACUGUUAAUGAGGAUCCUAACGUCAAACUAAUUCGUGAGCUGAGAGCUGAAAUAGCCCGAUUAAAAACCUUGCUCGCUCAAGGGAAUCAGAUUGCACUCUUGGAUUCUCCAACAGCUUUAAGUAUGGAGGAGAAGCUUCAGCAGAAUGAAGCAAGAGUACAAGAGCUGACCAAAGAGUGGACAAACAAGUGGAAUGAAACCCAAAAUAUUCUAAAAGAACAAACCUUAGCCCUGAGGAAAGAAGGAAUUGGUGUCGUUUUAGAUUCGGAACUGCCUCACCUCAUUGGCAUUGAUGAUGAUCUUCUCAGUACUGGGAUCAUCUUGUAUCACUUGAAGGAGGGCCAAACAUAUGUUGGCAGAGAAGAUGCUGCGACAGAACAGGAUAUUGUGCUUCAUGGCCUUGAUUUGGAAAGUGAGCACUGCGUGUUUGAAAAUCUCAGCGGUACAGUGACUUUAAUACCACUGAAUGGAGCACAGUGUUCUGUGAAUGGAAUUCAGAUUACAGAGGCCACACAACUAAACCAAGGUGCCGUUAUAUUACUUGGGAGAACCAAUAUGUUUCGCUUUAAUCAUCCCAAGGAAGCUGCCAAACUGAGGGAAAAAAGAAAGAGUGGACUACUGUCUUCCUUCAGUUUAUCUAUGACAGAUCUUUCAAAAUCUUGUGAGAACCUCUCAGCUGUUAUGCUUUAUAAUCCAGGACUAGAAUUUGAGAGACAACAACGAGAGGAACUGGAAAAAUUAGAAAGUAAAAGGAAACUGAUAGAAGAAAUGGAAGAAAAACAAAAAUCUGACAAGGCAGAACUAGAAAGAAUGCAGCAAGAGGUGGAGUCACAGCGCAAGGAAACAGAAAUAGUCCAACUGGAAAUACGAAAACAGGAAGAGAGCCUGAAACGGCGAAGCGUUCACAUUGAAAGCAGGUUAAAAGACUUGCUGGCUGAAAAAGAGAAAUUUGAAGAAGAGAGACUACGAGAACAUCAGGAGAUAGAAUUUCAGAAAACGAAACAACAGGAAGAAAUUUUUGCUCGAGUUAAAGAAGAACUGCAACGCUUGCAAGAACUUAAUAAUAAUGAAAAAGUUGAGAAAAUGCAGAUUUUCAGAGAACUAGAAAAACUUAAAAAGGAAAAAGAUGAACAGUGCAUCAAGCUGGAAUUAGAAAAAAAGAGGCUUGAAGAACAAGAAAGGGAGCAGGUGAUGCAAGUGGCUCACCUAGAAGGACAGCUUCGAGAGAAACAGGUUAUGAUACAGCUACUCAAGAGAGGGGAUGUGCAAAGGGUUGAAGAAGAGAAAAGAGAACUUGAAGAAAUUAGAGAAUCUCUCUUGAGGGUCAAGGAAGCUAGAUCUGAAGGUGACGAAGACAGUGAAGAAUUAGAAAAAGCACAGCAUAAUUUCAUGGAUUUUAAAAGAAAGCAGUUAGAACAAUUGACUAUUUUGGAGAAAGACUUAUUUCUGCAAAGGGAUCAUCUAGAAAAGGAAGUGGCAGAUGAACAUGAAACACUGGACCGUUUAAAAUAUGCACACAAAGAACGGUUAAACCUCCUCAAGAAAGAUGAUGAAAACGUUGUGGAUGCUGCACUGAUGGUUGAAGAAUUUGACAAGAUAAAGCCAGCAGAAUACAGGCUCCAAUAUAAAGAGCGCCAGCUUCAAUACCUGAUGCAUAAUCACUUGCCAGCUUUGUUGGAAGAAAAACAGAGAGCUUCUGAAGUCCUUGAUAGAGGUCUGCUAGGGUUAGACAAUACUCUUUAUCAAGUUGAGAAAGAAAUGGAAGAAAAAGAAGAACAGCUUGCGCAAUAUAGAGUCAGCACUAACGAGCUGCAGCAGCUCCAAGAAACAUUUGAAUUUACAGCCAACAUAGUUCGUCAGGAGGAAAAAGUUCGGAAAAAAGAAAAAGAAAUUCUCGAAUCAAGGGAAAAACAGCAGAGAGAGGCACUGGAGCAAGCAGUAGCUAAGUUGGAAAGGAGACACUCUGCUCUGCAGCGUAGUUCCACAAUAGAGGUUGAAAUUGAAGAGCAAAAACAAAAACUUGCAAUUCUCAACAGCAGCUGCAGUGAACAGGCAGGUCUGCAGGCUAGUCUAGAAGCUGAACAAAAAGCCCUGGAACAGGAUAGAGAAAGACUGGACCAGGAAAUUCAACAGCUGAAGCAGAAGAUAUAUGAAGGUGAUGGUGUACAAAAAGGGUAUCAUGCAACAGUAGAGGAGAGACUCUCUCUCACCAAUUCCCCUACCAGCCCUACAAAGUCACAGUCUCAUUUUAUUCCACUGGUUGAUGACAGAAUAAAUGCAUUAAUUGAAGAAGAAGUGGAAAGGCGUCUUCAGAAUAUUCACCACACAUCUGAAAAUAACAGUAUGGGCCUGUCUCAGUCUACAGAAAUUUUAAAGGAUAAUGAAAUGCUUCAUAAUGGUUCUGUUCAACGCAAGUUGAAGUAUGAGAAAAGACGACCUUGGCAGCUACAUUACAGCCUCCCUUAUGACUUUAAAGAUGAUGAUAUUGGCUCUAACUUGGCUGGAGAAGAUACAACCAUAGCAGACCUCAAAAGACACCCCAAAUGUCCAGAGAUGUGGAGCUUAUUUUCUAUUCCUGAACAAAUCUGUUACCUCUCUCCAUUACAAAAGGGAGUUGGGAAUGAAAAGAACCAGUCGGAAAUGCAUUGCUUUGAUUGCCUAUAUGAUGCUGAAUGUGAACUGAAUCACCCUAGAAAUACUAACAUUUUUAAUGGGGAGAAAAUUCAUUGUAAAAAUGUUACAUUCACUUCUCCACAUAAUCAUGAUAUGGGCAAAGUGGAGCAUUUGCAAUAUAAAAUGAUGAAUCUCAAUAAUCCUGAAUAUUCAAAAAUUACUUCUCAGAAUGGGGACCCCACAAGGACUGAAUUUGAUUGUUCCCAUUCACAACAUCUCUCUAGCUCAGAACCUUUAGACUGUGGGAAUGAGCAGGUUAGCGUUAGCAGCACAUCUUGCUUAAUUCUCUCUCAGUCCAGUAUACUUUCUGAAAUAGCACCCAAAGAGAACAAUCCAUGUAACACAGUGUAUCGCGCAAUUCCAGACCAAUUUCCUAUUUCUCAGCAGCCAGUUGAGGAAGACCUGGAUAUUAGCAAAAUAAUCUCCCCAAAAUCAGAAGCGUCAUGUUCAGAUGUGAGAACAGAACAGAGCUAUGGCUUGGGCUAUCUUUUCAGCAAGCUCUCUUGUCUUUACAAAGACACUAGUAGUAGUUUGCUCAAUAGUGCCCAAAUUAUUAAACAAAUAAAGGAGCUGGGCAAUCUGUGUGAUAGAAGUGAGAGAUGUGCACAAGUGGUAUCAUUGCUGAAAAAUUUGCCAUUUGUAAAAAUAUUACAUAUAAAUGUGCCAUUCAAAUCGGAUAUGAAGAAGGCUACGCCUCACUCCAUUAAUGAGGACAAAGCACAUGUUGAUAGCAGCAUUCAGUCAGAACACAAUAUUCUUUGUUGGCAGGAGGUUCAGUGUGUAUCCUCAAAAAUCUCAACCAUGCAUGCACGAGAUUCUUCUGAAGGAUCUAUGUACUGGUAUAGAAAUGAAGAAAUGAAAAAGAGUUUAGUGUUAAAGCAAAAACUUGUGCAUUUUCCAGAUGAACUACUGAAACUUCAAGUCUGUUCUCUUGAAAGACUACUGGAGUAUGUGAUCUGUGCCUUACCACAAGUUUGUGCCAGGAUGGAUCAAUUAAAAGGUGUAUACUGGCUUGCUGUUGGCAAUUGCAAGAAACCUGAUCCAGAGCCGGCUUGUUUGCUUUUGUUCAGCUCCAUUUUGUAUGCUGUUGUUUCAUCAGUCAACCAAGAAGACAGCUGUCAGGAUUCCUUGGCAAUUUUUCACGUUCUUCCAAUCACCACAAUAAGAGAAAUUGAAGUUGGUUUUGCUGGACAGAGUGUUAGACUUGUAUGCUGUACUGAAGAUAGUUUACUCACAAUAUUUACCUAUAACAAAGACUUCACGCAGAGAAUAUGCCAUGAUAUACUGAGUAUUUUGAUUACGACAUCAGAUGAUGAUGCUUGUUUAAAUCACCAGCUGUUGAAAGGUGAUUUGUUACAGCUGUCACUUCGCUGGACAUCAGAAGUCACUGACUUAGAUUUUGCAAGUGGAGUACGGUUGUCCUGCAAAUUCCGGAAUGCCUUAGCUGACUUGGUGUACUUAGUUCAUGAAAACAUGGAAACUAAUAAACCCCCUUUAGGAGAUGUUCAUGUAUUGCUCUAUACCACAGUGAAGAUAGAAGACCAUUUUAAACAAAUGACCUACAGAUCACUAGUUCUUACAACUACUCAUAUAGGACUCAUGAAGGAAGAUAGGGUUUUCUAUCCUGUUCCUAGUUUUUUGUACACUUUACCUCAGUGGUCCCAGUUUGACAAAAUUCAGUUAUACUGUUUGAAUGAACUUCGAUGUGUGGUUGUCCUAGACAAAGAGAAUUUAACAAGAAUUCAACUUGUUUUUUCUAAAAUGAGCAAGGUUGGAUCUGAUUCAGGGAUUGGUUUUUCUAAACCCCAUACAAAAGAAACAAAUACUCAGCUGACACUUAUUCCAUCUUUUUUUCAAGACAAUUUAAAUGUUCCAUUGGAAAUCUGGAAAAUAACGUUCAGUUCAUAUGAAGAAGCCAUUUGGCUAAUUAUGUAUUUGACUAGGCAUAGAAAUCCAGAUACAUCUUAGAUACAACAAAAGUAGACAGGCUAAUGGAUAUUGAUAUACUUUUUAUCACUGCUAUUAGACAGUAAGCAAAAGAGUAAAUUUAGGACCUUUCUUUGAGUCUUGUAGAGAAUACCACAGGGUACAUACUAAGGCUGUCAAGCGAUGAAUUUUUUUAAUUGUGAUGAAAAAAAUCACGAUUAAUCGCACGAUUAAAAAAAUCGCCAAAGCAU